AUGGGCCCAAAUGCUGGCAACGGCGUGGGCGGAAUGGAAAUGGGGCCGAUGAUGCAGGGCAACGGCUCCAACUUGCCCCAGGCUACCGAAUAUACCCUUCAGGGCGUUAUGCGCUUUCUGCAGACAGAAUGGCACCGACAUGAGCGCGAUAGGAACUCGUGGGAGAUUGAGAAGCAGGAGAUGAAGGGCCGCAUUGCCAACCUUGAGGGGCAGGCGCGGAGGGCCGAUGCUACACAGCGCGUGCUGAGGAAGUAUGUUACUAUGCUGGAGCGCAAGGUCAAGGAGCAGACGGCUCAGCUUCAGGGACAGGAGGCUGUCGAUGCGGAAACGGCUGCUAAAAACGACCGGGCUGCUAAGAUCCAGGAGAAGCUAAGAUCUUCUUUGGAGGGUAUGCCUGUUCCCGGCGUCGAUGGCGUGAAUUACGAGAAGCUCGACCGAGGCGACGAGGAAGCCCAACGACAGGAUCUCAAGACCUUCCUCGACCAGUGCCAGUCCGAAUUUAUGUACCUUAUGAUCACCCCCGCGAACCCUCAACCCCCUCGAGAGUCUCCCCCACUACCGAUUAUGGAGGAUCUGCGAGAAGUUGAGGCAUUUGGCAUGCCAGCUCCUCAGCCUAUGGAGCGGCAGUUUCAGCUACCGACACGAAACGCCCAGAAUCAUGUCCAAGAAAUGAACUCGAGGAUACCUCAGCAGAACCAUGUGCCCCAUCAACAAAAUCAGCAGCAACACUUUACGCAGAAGCCGCAAGAGAUACAGCCUCAGCCUAUGGUUCGCUCCCAGGCUGAGCACCCCCCUGUCAUGUACCAAAACAACAACGAUUGGCCCGCCCCUGUAUCCGUAACCUCUCGACCGGUUGAAGAGCAUGUCACCCCAGCAAACCAUGCAGCGGAAGUUCUAGGUGGAAUGGAGGAUCCUGCCGAGCUUAGGGAGAAGCACCCCGCGCCACCGGAGAGUGACGGAUGGGACUUCCCAGAAGGCACAUUUCCUGAACCCGGCAACUCCCAAUCCAACCACUCCCAAUCGAACAGACCCGACACCGAUGCUUUCCCUGCUGCUGACAACUUGCCCAAAUCUCCAAGCCGACGAGACAGCUCUCAUCGAAGAAAAGGUUCAAUGUCUAGACGACGGAGUGCCGAUCACGAACUAGCUUUGGCUGCGCAAAAGGCUGAGAGUGGUAAUUUCAAGCUCAGAUUCGGAUUACGCGGCCAUCUCGAUACUGUCCGAACAAUCAUCUUCUCUGGAGGUGGCAGCCCAGGAGAACCGGAAAUCUGCACUGGUGGUGACGAUGGUAUGAUCAAGCGUUUCCACAUUCCCAGGUUAGACGGUCAUGCUGGAAGUCUUGCGCACACAGCAUCAGAUCUCGAUGUUACAGCCAACUUCACACACCGCGGUCACUCGGGUGCUAUUCUCUGUUUGACAUCAUGGUCUCCUUCACCAAACUUCUCGACUGGAGGUCGCGCAAUUGGCGACGGCUGGAUAUUCUCCGGUGGUCAGGAUGCGACUAUCAGAGUAUGGGAGCGUGGUAGGGUUGAUCCCAAGGCGACUCUCGAAGGCCACACAGAUGCUGUCUGGGCCAUUUGCGUUCUCCCGGCAACUCUUGGUCAAAUAUUUGGAAGCUCAAGUCCUUACGGUAACACCGAUCGCAUCUUGGUUGUGUCUGGUGCUGCAGAUGGCAGUGUUCGUCUGUGGUCAGUCAGCGCACCUCCUCAGUUGAGCUCGCCACAACCUGGAACGAACCGAGCCAUGACUGGCCGUGGAGGUAGAGUCCGCGGUAACUCGAUGAGCUCUGGCAGCGCAUUCCCCAACACUCCUCAGGCUACUAUUGCAUCCAACUCACCCUUUAACCACACACUUGUCCACAACAUUGCGAGAUCAGACGGUUCCACAGCCAGCCCGACGUGCAUUACACCUCUGGGCACGACUGGUGAAUCUUUUGUCGUCUCAUACUCAGAUGCCUCGAUUAUCGUCUACGACACACGUACCGGUGAACAAAUCGGCAACAUGGAUAGCCUUGAGACAUACGAUCAGACUAUCAAGACUAGUGUUAACGCCGUUGUGGCGACGACAAUUGGUCUUGACCAAGCUAACCAGAACCACAGUGGCAGCAUGAGUGAGGAAGAUGCUAGCCCAGGUGCCACUGGAGGUGGACGAUCUAUGGCUGGCUCAGGCGUGGAGGGCACUAUCAUCUCUGGUCACGAAGAUCGCUUCAUCCGGUUCUUCGAUGCCAAUAGCGGUCAAUGUACAUACAACAUGAUUGCCCACCCAGAUGCCAUCUCUAGUCUAUCUCUGAGCCCCGAUGGACGUGAACUCGUCAGCGCCGGCCACGAUGCCUCACUCCGCUUCUGGAGUCUUGAGAAGAGAACGUGCACACAAGAAGUGACAAGUCACCGAGUGAUGCGUGGCGAAGGCAUCUGUGCCUGCGUCUGGAGUCAAGACGGAAAAUGGGUUGUCAGCGCUGGCGGUGACGGCGUUGUCAAGGUAUUUGCACGAUAA